GAAUCGAAAUAUAUCUAUCACUAAAUAUUGCACAAUAUUAAACCAUAACAUAAAAGUAUAUAUAUAUAAGCAGUUGAGAUAAAUUUCAACACAAUAUUACAUACACGCGUAUUACAUACAAGAUGUCGUGUCCGUGGGCAAAAAUUGAAACCCCACAACCACCGAAAUUAAAAGAAAUUAUGUCGGAAGAAGCUGCAAAGGAAAUUCAAAAAAAGAAAGAAAAAAACCUGGAAAGUAAAAACGAAAAUUCUGUUAAUGCGGCAAAUUGUACUGAGGAUUGUUUAGUAAGUGCAAAUGAUAGUCAAAUGGAAUUUGAAGAUGAUGUAUCUUCACGGCUAGUGGAAGAUAAUAUAAACAAUUGCAUUGAAGAGGAUUUAUUAGAAAUCAACAAUAUAAAUAACUGGAAUACGUAUGAUAGUUUAGACGAUAUAUUAGCAUCAAAACCACAAUGCAAUGAUGUUAUAGUGAGUUUAAAAAAAGAAGCUAAACUUUAUGAUUGCUAUGGUAAAAGGUUUGAUCAUAUUUUCACCAAUCCUAAUUCACGUGUACUACUAGCUAAUAUGAUUGAGAGCCAACUAAUAUUAAGAAUUAAUGAAGUUAUUAAUAUAGGAAAACAGACUGUCAUAUUACAAGCAGAUCCCAACUUUUCGUUUGAAUCAAACUUAUGGAAGGAAUGUGUCAUAAAAGUUUUUCAACCUUGUUCUGAACCUUACGACAAAGACGAUUGGCAAUUCUAUAAAAACCCAUACAAAUACUAUUUAUAUAUCCUUCGUCGAUAUUGCUUACAUAGACCGUCAAAGCAUAUAAAAUUCGAUCCUAGGAUAGUGAGCUCUGAAAAUAAAUUAGCCAAACUGGAAUAUAUUAAUCUAAGAAAAUUAUACAAAGCUAAAGUUCCUUGUCCCAAAGUUGUUAUUUUGAAGUAUCACAUAAUGGUUAUGUCAUUUAUUGGAGAAAAAGGCAUACCUGCACCCACAUUGAAAAAUGCUACAAUGACACUAGAUGAUUAUGUUAUCGCUUAUGAACAGGUAAUUAGAGGAAUGAAAUUGAUGUUUAAUGAAGCCCAGGUAAUACAUGCCGAUUUAUCAGAAAAUAAAAUUUUAUGGCAUAAAGGUCAAUGCUAUUUCAUCGAUUUAAUUAAAGCUGUAGGACGGAGGCAUGAUUAUGCAAUGUAUUUCCUUCAUAAAGACUGUAGCACAAUUACUAAAUUUUUUAUGAAGAAAGGAGUACAAAAAGUUUUCUCACCCGAAGAACUAUUUGAAUAUAUAACCGGCUUUGAAUGGGAAGAAUAAAUUUACAAAUCUCUAGCUGGGGAUGAAGUUGUACUUUUUAAUUUUCGGACUGCCUGCAAUAAUCAUGAUUAAAACUGUAUAUUACAACGUUAUCGACAUAAUGGAAUUUGAAUACGAAAUCUGUGAUUAAAGACACUAAGCAAAGAGAUUAGAGCAAAUUAGAGACUAUGAUGUACUAACAUGAACCAUCGGAGAUAUGUAUCGACAAUAAAAUCGAUCAGCUUCACGUUUUCCAAAAUAGACUUAUUAAAUGGCCGAGAAAGUAAUUUUCUUUCUUGAAAAGUUUGUUUUCAAAAUAUAAUUUUUAUAAUUAAAGUUACUGACCUGUUAAUGUAUUGUGAUUUUAUUGGAAGUAUUAUUGUGAUUUUAUAUUUAUUAUUUAAUACUAAAUAAAUAAUAUUUGAAGUAA